ACAAAGCCGUCAGAUGCGAGCGGGACGCGGCUGCGCAUGUUCCUACCGGGCUUUACGUUAAUUUCAAACGUGUUUUACCGCUAAAAUGUCCAAUAAACAACUGUUUUCGACGUAACAACAGUUCAAAAACAAAAUGAAGUGUCAGUUCUUACAUUUGGUUCCGUGAGUGUUGAUUAUUUAGUGUUCAAACGACAUAGAAGGAGUAAAACAAAUGUGUGUGAUCCAUGUGUGAAUGUUGUGUUACAAAAUGUGGUCGAGGAACUUUAUACCGGAUUAUGGGAUUCAAUUGCUGUCAAUCUUCAUAGUGCUGUCGACACUGGCCGCAAGGAUCCAUGGAGUCGAAGGUUUCGUGUCGUGUUCGCCCUCGCCAUGCAAAAAUGGCGGAACUUGCCUGUCUACGCCGAGAGGAGAAUAUUUCUGCAACUGUACAUCCCGAUACGCGGGCGAGUUCUGCCAGCAUCUGAACCCUUGCCACAGCGAGUCUAGUCCUCGAUGCCAGAACGGAGGCUCCUGCAGGGUCAGGCCAGGAGUCAGCGGAGGUCCUCCUUCCUUCGCCUGCGACUGUCCUUUGGGCUUCAGCGCAUCGUUAUGUGAGAUCAGUAUACCGGCUGCCUGUGAUUCAGCUCCCUGUUUAAAUGGAGCUACUUGCCGGCUGACGUCACUUGACACUUACGAAUGCGAUUGUCCGCCGGGCUAUACAGGUGACGAAUGCUCCCACGAAGACCACUGCGCGUCCCAACCCUGUCGAAACGGAGGGCGUUGCGUAGCUGACAACACCACCACAGCUGGCUACUCUUGCGCCUGUCCUCCUGGCUUCACCGGCUCCAGAUGUACCGAAGAUGUGGUCGAAUGCUCUAGUGGCUCCGGCCCCUGCCACCAUGGAAGGUGCUUCAACACACACGGGUCGUACACUUGUGUGUGUGAGCCUGGGUACACGGGGAGGGAUUGUGAUGCGGAGUACGUUCCUUGUGAGCCGUCUCCAUGUCAUCAUGAUGGGAGGUGCACGCCUUUGGACCAGCUUAGAUACGAGUGUGAUUGUCCGCCUGGUUAUCGCGGGCAAAACUGCGAGAUCGACAUCGACGACUGUCCCGGCCACUUGUGUCAGAAUGGCGCGACCUGCGUCGACGGUCUCAACUCCUACACUUGCGAGUGCCCGCCCACUUUCACCGGGACACUAUGCGAGACUGAUGUCGAUGAGUGCGCUCUCAGGCCCCUAGUCUGCCAAAACGGAGCGACUUGCACGAACUCAGUGGGCGGUUUCUCCUGCAUCUGCGUCAACGGCUGGACGGGUCCAGAAUGUUCUGUGAACAUCGACGACUGCGCAGGGGCGGCGUGCUUCAACGGGGCUACCUGCAUCGAUAGGGUCGGAGCUUUCUACUGUAAAUGUACUCCUGGGAAGACUGGUCUACUCUGCCACUUAGACGACGCCUGCACGUCCAACCCUUGCCAUGCCGACGCCAUCUGCGACACGAGCCCCAUAAACGGCUCCUACACUUGCUCCUGCGCAUCCGGAUACAAGGGAUUAGAUUGCUCUGAGGAUAUCGAUGAAUGUGAACAGGGAUCACCAUGUGAACAUGACGGCAUCUGCGUGAACACUCCAGGGUCUUUCGCUUGCAACUGUUCCGUUGGGUUCACGGGACCCCGUUGUGAGACCAACGUGAAUGAGUGCGAGAGUCACCCCUGCAGGAACGAUGGCUCCUGUCUCGAUGAUCCUGGCACCUUCCGCUGCGUCUGUAUGCCUGGCUUCACGGGAACCCAAUGUGAGGUGGAGAUUGACGAGUGCGCGAACAACCCUUGCUUGAACGGAGGCAUCUGUCACGACAUGAUCAACGCCUUCAAGUGUACUUGUGUUAUUGGUUUCACCGGAGCCCGCUGUCAAGUGAAUAUAGACGACUGUGCUUCGAGUCCUUGUCGCAAUGGCGGGACUUGCCACGACUCAGUCGCUGGGUAUACUUGUGAAUGUCCACCUGGGUAUACUGGUAUGUCCUGCGAAACCAACAUAAACGACUGCCUGUCGGCUCCGUGUCAUCGAGGAGAGUGCAUCGAUGGUGACAAUAGUUUCACUUGCAACUGCCACCCUGGGUAUACCGGCAGAGUCUGUCAAACCCAGAUCAACGAGUGCGAGUCUAACCCUUGCCAAUUUGGAGGCCACUGUGAAGAUCUGAUCGGUGGCUACCAGUGCCGCUGCAAGCCUGGCACCUCCGGCCGCAACUGUGAGAUCAACGUCAACGAGUGUUAUUCCAACCCUUGCAGAAAUGGUGCUACUUGCAUCGAUGGCAUCAACAGGUACACUUGCGAGUGCAUCCCAGGGUUCACUGGCCAGCAUUGCGAGACGAACAUCAACGAGUGCCUGUCGAACCCCUGUGCCAACGGAGGGAAGUGCGUGGACAGGAUCAACGGAUUUCGGUGUGAAUGCCCUAGAGGGUAUUAUGACGCUAGAUGCCUCUCAGACGUGAACGAGUGCGCUUCGAACCCCUGCAUCAAUGGCGGCUCCUGCGAAGAUGGAGUGAACCAGUUCAUCUGCCAUUGUUUACCUGGAUACGGAGGUCAACGCUGUGAACGUGAUAUUGACGAAUGCAGUUCGAACCCGUGUCAGCACGGAGGAACUUGCCACGACAGGCUCAAUGCUUACAAGUGUGAUUGUGUACUUGGAUUUACUGGUGUGAACUGCGAGACAAACAUCGACGACUGCGCCGGUAACCCGUGCCUGCACGGCGGCUCGUGCAUCGACCUCGUCAACGGCUACCGCUGCGUGUGCGCACCGCCGCACUCCGGACGCAACUGUGAAAACACUCUUGAUCCUUGCACGCCUAACCAAUGUCGUCACGGCGGCCGCUGCGUAGCCGAAGCAUCCUACGCUGAGUUCACUUGUCAAUGUCCAGUGGGCUGGACAGGAGCACUCUGUGAACGUGACGUGGACGAGUGUGCGGUGACAGCCCCGUGUCACAACGAGGCCACGUGUAUCAAUACUGAGGGGUCCUAUGCCUGUUUGUGCGCGAGGGGGUACGAGGGGAAGGAUUGCGCUAUUAAUACUGAUGAUUGUGCUUCAUUCCCAUGCCAAAACGGCGCGACGUGCCUCGACUCGAUCGGCGACUACAACUGCGUGUGCGCAAGCGGCUUCGCGGGCAAGCACUGCGAGGUGGACAUCGACGAGUGUCAGUCUAGGCCUUGUAUGAACGGCGCUACUUGCAAUCAGUACGUUGCAUCAUACACAUGCACCUGCCCUCUCGGCUUCUCGGGCAUCAACUGUCAGACGAACGACGAGGACUGCACCGAGUCCAGCUGCAUGAACGGUGGCACCUGCAUCGAUGGCAUCAACUCUUACAACUGUUCUUGUCCUCCUGGCUACACGGGCUCCAACUGCCAGUUCCGUAUAAACAUGUGCGACAGUUCUCCCUGCGACAAUGGCGCCACUUGCCACGAUCACAUCACUUACUACACGUGCCACUGUCCGUAUGGAUACACUGGCAAGCACUGCGAGACUUAUGUUGAUUGGUGUGAAGUGAAUCCAUGCGAGAACGGUGCCACAUGUUCGCAGAAGGGCCCACAGUAUACUUGUACCUGUGCCCCAGGUUGGUCCGGCAAACUCUGUGACGUCGAAAUGGUGUCCUGUAAAGAUGCGGCUAUCAGGAAAGGUAUGGAUUACAGAGGUGUAAAACUAAAACAGCUUUGCAAUAACGGCUCAUGUGAAGAUAUUGGCAACUCCCAUCGCUGCCACUGCCUUGAAGGAUACACUGGGUCUUACUGCCAAAAGGAAAUCAACGAGUGUGACUCAGCACCAUGCCAGAACGGAGCUUUGUGCAAGGACCUGGUAGGAACCUACCAGUGUCAAUGCGCCAAAGGUUUCCAAGGACAGAACUGCGAGCUCAAUGUCAAUGAUUGCCUACCUAACCCUUGCCAAAAUGGAGGAACUUGCCACGAUCUGAUCAACAACUUCUCAUGCUCCUGUCCCUUCGGAACUCUUGGCAAAAUAUGCGAGAUCAACGUGAAUGACUGCAAACAAGACGCCUGCCACAACAACGGUACUUGUAUCGACAAAGUUGGGGGCUUUGAGUGCAAGUGUCCGCCCGGCUUCGUUGGCCCACGAUGUGAGGGUGACAUCAACGAAUGUUUAUCCAACCCUUGCUUAAUACCUGGUACUCAAGACUGCGUCCAACUUGUCAACGAUUACCAUUGCAACUGUAAGCCUGGGUACAUGGGAAGACACUGUGAUGCUAAAGUAAACUUCUGCGCUAACUCCCCCUGUCAGAAUGGAGGAAGAUGCACUGCUAUUCAGGGAGGACACGAAUGCCUUUGUAGUGAUGGAUACUACGGCAAGAACUGCGAAUAUUCAGGAUACGCUUGCGAUUCUAACCCAUGCCAAAAUGGAGGAUACUGUCGUAUCUCAGAAAUCGGAGGUUAUGUAUGCGACUGUCCAUCUGGCUUAUCAGGAAUCAACUGCGAAAUUGACUCCAUGAAUGAAUGUCUGAGCAACCCUUGUAAGCAUCCCGAAGCCAGAUGUAUUGACAAAGCUGGCGACUACCUCUGCUACUGCCCACGACAAUGGACCGGCAAGAGCUGUGAUAUCCAUGACCCACACUCCAGAGGAGGCUAUGGAAGUCCAGUAAUUGGAGGAUUCAACCCUAAGAAACCAGGACCAAGUUUUGAAGAACUAGAUUUGGCUUUCCAAAGAGAACAGUGUGUAAAGAAGGGUUGCAAAGAAAAGCAAGGCGACCACCAUUGUGACGAAGAAUGUAACACAUACGCGUGUGAGUUUGACGGUAAUGACUGCUCUUUAGGGCUGAAUCCUUGGGCAAACUGCACAGCACCUAUCAAAUGUUGGGAAGUCUUCAUGGAUGGUGAAUGUAACGAAGUAUGCAACACACAGGCUUGUUUGUUCGACGGAAGAGAUUGUCAGAAGUCCCUACAACGCUGUAAUCCAAUCUAUGAUGCGUAUUGUCAGAAACAUUACGCGAACGGUCAUUGUGACUACGGCUGUAACAACGCUGAAUGUAACUGGGACGGUCUCGACUGUGAGAACGAACCUCCACAUCUGGCCGAAGGUGUCAUGUCAGUAACUUUACUGAUGGAUGUCAGGACCUUUAAGGAGAACUCCGUCGCUUUCCUUCGAGAUUUGGGCCAUCAGCUACGAACAACAGUUUUGAUAAAGAAAGAUCACCUAGGCAAUGAUAUGGUCUACCCAUGGAAGGGAUCGACAGAUGUUGGCUUACAAGACACAGAGUUCGGAAAGAAUCAUAAUAUCGUCUUUACGGAAAGAGGACAAUCAGGAGUCCAAGUCUACUUGGAAAUUGAUAACAGAAAAUGUACAUCAAUGUCAAGUUCCGAGUGCUUCUUCUCAGCGAGAGAAGCCGCAGAGUUCUUAGCAGCUACAGCAUCUAAACACUCCUUAUCACCUGACUUCCCUAUAUUCCAAGUCAAGGGUGUAAAAACCCCCGAUGAUGCUAGUGACGUCCCAACCAAUUCCAAAUACGUCUUCAUCGGAGUGAUUCUGGUCCUCCUUGCUGGACUACUGAUUGGAGUGCUAGUGACUGCUCAAAGGAAGCGAGCAGCCGGCAUAACAUGGUUCCCAGAAGGUUUCAUCCGCAACAACUCUUCGACCAGACGAAGAUCACGAAGACGUGGUCCUGAUGGACAGGAGAUGAGAAACUUGAACAAAGGUUCUAUCGGUUGUAUUGACGUGGAUAUCAAUGGGGGUCAUAUGGGACCUCCUCAUCACUGGUCGGAUGAAGAUGAUGAUGGGUCAGCGCCUCCCAGGGCUAAGCGUGCUCGAGGUCCAGGGGAUGCUAAUGGUGCACCUGGAGGUUAUGCGUCAGACCAUACUGCUAUCACGGAUUAUGAGGAAGCCGGCCAUGACGGAAGAGUUUGGACCCAACAGCAUCUUGAUGCUGCUGAUAUCAGAGUUCCUCCUAGUAUGAUGACACCGCCUGCUAUCCAUGAUGGUCACGUAGAAGUCGACGCACGAGGUCCUCUAGGCAUGACGCCGCUGAUGGUGGCAGCAGUGCGAGGAGGUGGACUGGACACAGGGUCUGAUGCUGAAGAUGAACAGACAGCACAUAUUAUAUCGGAGUUAGUGGCUCAAGGUGCUCAGUUGAAUGCGGCAAUGGAUAAGACUGGAGAGACUAGCUUGCAUUUGGCCGCGAGAUACGCACGUGCAGACGCAGCCAAACGUCUUCUAGACGCGGGUGCAGACGCGAACUCACAAGACAAUACAGGCCGCACACCGUUACACGCGGCCGUCGCUGCUGAUGCCAUGGGAGUCUUCCAGAUAUUACUGCGGAAUAGAGCCACGAACCUCAACGCUAGGAUGCAUGAUGGAACCACGCCACUUAUUUUGGCUGCUAGGCUAGCCAUAGAAGGCAUGGUAGAAGAUUUAAUCAACGCAGACGCAGACAUUAACGCAGCUGACAACAGCGGCAAGACCGCACUGCACUGGGCAGCCGCUGUUAAUAAUAUUGAUGCUGUCAAUGUGUUGCUGGCUCAUGGAGCUAAUAGAGACGCUCAGGAUGAUAAGGACGAAACGCCCCUCUUCCUAGGCGCUCGCGAAGGCUCAUACGGUGCAUGCCGAGCGCUACUGGACGCUAUGGCCAACAGAGAGAUAACGGACCAUAUGGACCGACUGCCACGGGAUGUGGCCCAGGAGAGGAUGCAUGAUGACAUCGUGAGGCUAUUGGAUGAACACUGUCCAAGGCCGCCGCCGCAGCAUCAUCAUCUUAUGUCAUCUCCAAACCCUCACCCGCAGCUGAUCAGCCAGCCGACGGUGAUCAGCACGGCCGCUAAGGGCAAGCCGAAGAAGUCGCGCGCGAAGGCCGGCCCCGACAGCCCCGACCAAGCUUACGACAACAAUAACUUGCAGACUACGCAGAUUAGACGGAAACCUAGUGUAAAAAAGAACAAUAAGAAAGUGGCACAGGAAGUGCCGCAGAGCGUGGAGAGUCUGGGCUCCAGCUUGAGCCCCGUUGAAUCACCGCUCCAAAAUUUACAGGACUUGCCGUCGCCGUACGACGCAACGUCCCUGUACUCGAACGCGAUGGCGCAGUUCGUAGGCAUCGAGCAGCUCGUGCAGCACAAACAGCCGCCAAGCUAUGAGGACUGCGUCAAGUGCUUCGUCCCGCAGACGGGUCAGACGCUGCAACAGUCGUACGGCGGCGGCGCGCUGGGCGCGUCGCUGUCGCCGCCCUACUCCAACCACUCGCCCACGCACUCCAACCAUACUACGUCGCCGCACGCUUAUAUUGGAUCUCCGUCCCCGGGCAAGUCGCGGCCGUCGCUGCCGACGUCACCGGCGCACAUGGCGGCGCUGCGCCACUCGCAUCAGAACCAGCUCGACGCCGCCGCCUACUCCGCGCUUGCGCAGAUGAGUGCAAACAAUCAGCACAACGCGCAGUUUCAAGCGGUGAUGUCUCAGGCGGCCGCGCUCGGACAAGUGCAGGGACAGCAUCCCGCGCUCACCAAUAUGAUGUCAAGUCUAUACGGAGGUUGGGGUAUCGGGGACACGUUCCCGACGCCAUCACCGGAAUCCCCCGACCACUGGUCAACUCCUUCCCCGCAGACUCCCCUCACGCAAUCCCCGCACUCUGAUUGGUCGGACCGCGCCGCUCUCUCCCCCAACGACAUCCAACAGACCAAUAAGGGGGCGACGGAAGCCAUCUAUAUAUAAACAUAGGUUAAGUUUCAGGUUUAGAAAAAUUAUAGACGUUCUGUAAAUCUUAUUGUAAGUGGUGUUUUGUUGUUGGGUCUGAACAUUUUUUUAAAAUAUUUUGCCACGUUUUUGGUGCUAAAAUACUGGAUAAAAUAAAUGGCAAAACUACACAAAAUUUUCA